AAUAGAGGUAGCAGCAUAAUGCGUCUUUUAUGAUGUCUGCGGCCGUCAUCUCUCACUCGUUCUGGUCCAAGGAGGCUGAGGGUUCUCAGUCACUGAGCUUCUUAGCCCUCUCUCUUAGAUUCCCUCUCAAGUUAUUCCGUGAGAUCUCAACUUGUUUACCAUGCUCUGCCAUCGAAAAUAAGAUUUAAAGAAAAGAAUUUUGUUUGCUUUGUUCUGUUUCUUGGUUUCCUUGGAUGUUUCCGUUGUCGCUUUUACUGUGACGAGUUCCUUUACCUUCCUACUGGUCUCGGCCUUGCUCGAUUAUGAUUUCGCCUUUUCCUAACCUCUGGUGAAGCCUAGUUGGGAGCUCUAACCAGGCCUGGAUGAGCCUUGGGUUUCCUGAGAAGCAGCGCGGAUUAUAGCCCCAUGAUGCUCCCUGCCGUGAUGAUGCUUGCUUGCUUUUGAUCGGAGCCACCGAAGCCUCCAUCAGCAACCAGCGCACAACUCCAAAAGGAGGGCAGUUGGGUGAUCCCAACUUUCUCUCUAUCCACUCAUUUCGCCUCCACUUCUAGUUCUCGUCUUCCUCCCCUGCUCCACCCUCUGUUUUACUACUAAAGAUCAAGUCUUGGGGUUCCUGGCGAUGCCGCAGUUCCAGCAACCGGCUUGCUGGAGGCUGGAAGCCGGCGGGCAAGUCAUGGACGUCGACACGGCCGUGAAAGAUGGCAUCUUGGGCGGCGGCGCGGUCAUUAGCGGCCUCCUGGACGGCAAAGAUGGGACCUUGGGCACCGCCAAGAAGCACGACCUCAAGGAGAUGAUCGAGGAGAUGGACUCGGCGGCGGAGGCGAACGACGUGCCGAUCGUGUUCAUCUGCCCCAUCUCACUGGAGCCGAUGGUGGAUCCCGUCACCCUGUGCACCGGCCAGACCUACGAGCGCGUCAACAUCCUCAGGUGGUUCUCCACGGGCCGCCUCACCUGUCCCACCACCAUGCAGGAUCUCUGGGACGACACCGUCACCCCCAACCGCACUCUCCACCAACUGAUCCACGCCUGGUUCUCGCAGCGCUACCUGCGUCUGAUGAAGCGAUCCAAGGACGUGGAGGGCCGCGCCAGAGAGCUCGUCCAAUGCCUCGAGAAGGUCAAGGGGGAGGCGCGAGUACAGACUCUGAAAGAACUGCAUAAGAUCGUUGCCGCCCACCCCUCCAUCGAAAAGCCUGUGAUCGAUUCCGGCGUCCUCGGCAUUUUAUCUUCUCUUCUAGGCCCUUUCACCUCCCAUGCCGUCGGCUCCGAGGUGAUCGCCGUUCUUGUCAAUCUCAACCUUGAUUCAGAAGCAAUGACUGACUUGAUGCAACCUGCGAAGAUCUCACUCGUCGUAGACAUGCUGAACGAGGGAACAACCAAGACGAAGAUACAAUGCGCGAGGUUCAUCGAAGUGUUGAUGGGUGCGGAGAGUUUCCGAUUCGAGAUCGUCUCAAGUCUGAGCCUUUUAGUGGGGCUGGUAAGGAUGGUGAAGGAUAAACGAGAACCCGACGGGGUUUCAGCAGGUCUUAGCUUGCUAAAGACCAUUUGCUCCCACGACCAAGUCCGCAGCUCGAUCGUGAGCAUCAGAGCAGUCGCGCAGCUUGUCGAGCGACUGCCGGACCUGAGCCCAAACAGCUUGGAAUCGGCAUUACAAAUCUUGGAUGAUCUCGCAGCCAUCCCUGAUGGUCGAUCAGCAUUGAAGGAUUGCCCCCAAACCAUUCCCAACACAGUGAGGCCUCUGAUGAAGGUGUCCGAGGCUUGUACUCGACAUGCGUUGUCGAUACUAUGGGCGGUGUGUAAGCUUGCUCCCGAGGAAUUUGUUUAUCUUGCAGUAGAGGCUGGCCUGGCAACAAGGCUGUUGCUUGUGAUACAGAGCGAUUGCCCUCCGGAGCUAAAGAAACAAGCAUCCGAUUUGCUGAAGCUCUGUAGUCUCAAUUACACUGCCACCCUUUUCAUUUCCAAGUGCAAGCUAACGAGGACGAUGCAGUGACGUGAGGAUCUGCUGCUGCACUACUCCAUUAGCGGACUGGCCUUAAUAUUAUGCACUUGGAUUGAGAUAAGAUGGUAAUGGCCUUACAAUAUGCAUUCAUCCUCCAUAUAUGAAGAAUAAUCCGUUUUUGAUGUAAUUAUUUAUGGAUGAGAAAAGAAAUCUAUAAGAGUAACUUUGUUUC